AUGGUUCUUUUGGUUCUUGAAUCUCAGAACAAGACCGAGUCCCUACUAUCCAUGUACAAAGGCGUCUCACCCGAGGAUUCUGCGGGAAUAUUGAGUAGAACCUUUUGGUGGUGGCUUAUGGAUCUAUUGGCAGUGGGAAAGCAGCGCAUCUUGAGAGUUAGCGACACCCCACGGCUGAGUUCAUCACUGCAACCGAGCCUGACGCGAAAGGCCGUACUCCAAGCCUGGAAUGACAGAGGCAGUCUUACCCUGCUGAAGGUUGUGGCAGGCAGUUUGAUGAGGCCACUUUUGUCGCCUUUAGUACCGCGAUUAUUUCUAACGGUGUUCCGAUGCAGUCAGCCGGUCAUCAUCAGCCGCGCUAUUUCUUUCAUUACAAACGACCAAGGGGGCGUGGCACAAUCAUGCAGAGCGUAUGAGAUAUUCUUUGCUGCACUGAUUGUGUACUUCGGACUCGCUAUAUCAAGCUCAAUGUACAAAAAUACAUUGAAUAAGCUCGAUAUUCUGAUACGAGAAUCCCUCGUUCACUUGGUCUACGACAAGACAUUAAAUCUAAGCCACCAUGGUUCGGACGCAGGCCGAGUGGUGACGCUUAUGAGCACGGAUAUAGACAGUGUAUCUGAGAUGGGUAGGCUUUUACACGCGAGUUGGGGACAAGCUGUUGAGCUUGUGAUUGGUAUGAUACUGCUAGCAAGAGAAGUGGGCUGGGUGUUUCCAGUGCCGCUGGUUAUCAUAGUCUUCGCUUCUCGUGUGAGUCGUUUUGUUGCUCAGAAUGUGCGUUCUCGGACCAAGAGUUGGAAUGAUGCGACGCAGGCCAGGAUAUCUACUCUGAGUACUGUGCUCAAUUCAAUGCGGAGUGUGAAAGCGAUGGGAUUAUCGGAGGCCAUCGCCAAGUACAUUAAUGAAUUGCGGGACAAGGAAAUUGAUAGAUCCAAGCAUGUUAGAUGGAUGCAGGUUCUGUACAAUGCCAGCGCGAAUGCGAAUGGACUCUUUACUCCAGUAAUAACGGUGGUCUUGUACGCGAUGUUGGCAGCCUCCAGGGGUGAAAGACUGGAUACCAAAACGGCCUUUACAACAGUGGCAAUUUUGUCGUUGGUAACUCAUCCGGCGAAUAUGAUGAUGACCAUUUUCCCUAAAUUUGUCGGCAUUAUGGCCAAUGUUGAUCGAAUUCAGUCAUUUUUGCUUGAACCUUCACGGGUUGACUGCAGAAAAAUCAUCGACGGAAGCCAAUUUACAGAAACAGAAAACUGUACAGGAAUACGCCUUGACGAUGUUACAGUCAAGUUCAAGAGCACCACCGCCGCUACUCUAAAGCAUAUCAAUCUGAACCUUCCAAAACAUUCGAUAACUGCUUGCGCGGGCCCGACUGGCUGUGGGAAAACAACACUGGCCAAGACGAUACUGGGUGAGGUUUCCCCGGUCCAAGGUAUCGUGACGGUCUCCUCGAGGCGUAUUGCAUACUGUGAUCAGCGCGUUUGGAUCCCAAUUGGUACCAUUCGAGAUAUAAUUUGCACUUUUGCAACCAAGGUCGACGAGAGCUUGUACCAAGAGGCCUUAAGAGUCUGCUGCCUCGACUAUGACCUUCAAAGACUGCCCGACGGAGACAGGACUGUAGUAGGAAGCCAGGGAGUCAACCUCUCUGGUGGCCAGCGGCAACGAAUAGCAUUAGCUCGCAUGGUCUACUCUGGUGCAAGCAUUGCUGUUCUAGACGACCCGUUUAGUGCUCUUGACGGCGUAACAGAAAAUAAAGUAGUCGACAAUCUUUUGGGAAAGAAUGGGUGGUUUCGAAGGGCCAAAGUGACUGCCUUCAUUAUUACCUACGCAGCACAACACUUCCAACAUUCAGACGGAAUCAUUCUUCUUCAGGAUGGCCACAUUUCCGCACAGGGAGACUGGCGGGCCAUUAAGAGCCGUGCAUCAGAGAUGUUAAAAUUUAACUUUGAAGAAACCCAAUCCUCGACUGUUGAGCCAACAGGCAAGAGUCAAUAUAGCACCGCAAAACAAGCGGAGACUGACGCGGAUAAGGACCUGCACCGAAGUGUCGGGGAUAUGACGCUCUAUAGUUAUUACAUACGAUCUGUUGGGGUUUGGAACUUCCUGCUGUUGGCAACUUGCACGGCCCUGUACGCCACUUUCAAUACUUUCACCACAUACUGGUUCAAGUUAUGGACCGAGAGUGAUGGUGAUCGCGUGGUAUUCUAUAUUGUUGGUUACGUUCUGCUAGCAUUCACGGCAUGGGCUGCUACUAGUGCAAAUCUGUGGAGCACUUUUAUUCUUCUUGCACCGAGGUCCGGAAGACUGCUUCACCAAUCACUUCUCACAACUACCAUGGCUGCGCCUCUGCUGUACUUUUCCUCCACGGAUGUCGGGAUUGUUCUUAAUAGGUUUAGCAAAGACAUCUCGCUUGUAGAUAGGCAGCUACCCCUGGCAUUAUCAAACUUGUGCUCUCAAAUCUUCAAAAUGCUGGCUCAGGCUGUGAUCCUAAUGCAGGUUCAGAGGCUCCUUCUUGUUACUCUUCCAAUAUGCAUAGUCAUAGUCUACCUGGUUCAGAGAAUAUAUCUCCGGACCUCUAGGCAACUUCGAGUUUUGGAAUUAGAAUCUUACUCCUCUUUGAAUUCAUGGUUCCUCGAAACAACGGAGGGCCUUGUGUCCAUUCGAGCGUUUAACUGGAUCAAACCUGCCACUGGCAAGAACCUGGAGAAUCUCGAAACCUCAAUACGUCCGUCUUACUCUUUGGUUUCGCUUCAAUGUUGGCUCAAUCUUGUACUCGAUCUCCUGGUUAGUUGCAUCGCGAUCGGCAUCAUUCUAAUCGCUGCCUUGUGGAGAAGUGAAACGUCCGCAGCAAAUGUCGGCGUCUCUCUGAACUUGAUUCUUGUGGCGAACACGACGCUAGUACGUCUUGUUGAGUCAUUUACGCAACUGGAAGUAUCGCUUGGGGCUAUUGCUAGAUUGAACGAGGUCGAAACCCAAACGCCGAGUGAGGAUAGGCCGUGGGAGGACCAGGUUCCACCCAGUUCAUGGCCCGAGAAGGGAUCCUUGACGCUGAGUGGUUUCAGUGCAGGAUAUAACGACGAUCACAACGUGCUGAGGGAUAUUAAUCUGAGUGUUGGUCGGGGUGAGAAACUGGUGAUUUGCGGUCGCACAGGAAGUGGCAAGAGCACCAUUCUCCUAGGGAUACUCCGUCUGAUAGAAAGCUCUGGAGAGGUUGAGAUAGAUCGACGACUACUAUCCCAAGUUCCCCGAAACAUAAUCCGAAAACGCGCCUUCAUAACGGUCCCCCAAGAGCCACUAUUCCUUCCUUCUGCAUCUCUAAGCUUCAAUCUGGACCCGGACGCUCAAGCCUCUGAACAAAUGUUACAGGAGGCGCUCCAGAGUGUUGGCAUAUGGGAUGUCGUCUGCGAGAUAGCCCGUGGAAAAGACUCGGAUCCUUUGUCUCAGCCUGCUUCAUCUCUCCAAGCACUGUCUGCUGGACAACUCCAGCUCAUAUCCAUGGCCCGUGCCAUAGUAAAGAUGAAAAUAAUAAGCCAAGGAGUUGAGUAUAAAGACGGUGGAGUCAAUGUAGACUCCCCGAAACCAAUACUUGUUUUAGAUGAGGCAACUGCAUCUUUGGAUGCAGAGACGGAAGGAAGAAUCUAUGACAUCAUCGAAAGUGAGUUCGUUGCAGAUGGCCAUACGGUAGUUAUCGUAGCACAUAGGAUAAGUGUCUUGGCGAAGACAAUGCGCCCAGGGAAGGAUAAGGUAGCCUGGCUGCAGGAUGGGAGAGUGGUCAAGGUUGGGGACUAUGAAGAGAUUGUCAAGUUUGCCUCAUCGACUGCUAUCGGCGAGGGGCAGUAA